GGGAAGGAAUAUGGCGGCGAUUGAUGGAUCGGGGCUUCUUUUGCGCUUUUAACCGACAAAAAAGCAGUUAAUGCUGAAUUUUAACGUUUGAUUCGAUGUAAUGCUGGACGGUGGCUGUGACCCGAGACUGCAAAUCACCGGACUGACGGUUUAUUCCUGGAUUCCAUUUUUCCGGCUUGGCCUUGCUCAGUGCUAAAGACCGCCAGGACCCCCUGUCUGACCUCUGCAGCAGGAGUUUUGCCUUCCCAUGGACUUGACUCCAGCAUCAGGCUUCAAGCGGAGGCCUGCUGCCUCCCCUCCCCCAAGUGGAGUUAGAGAGAUUGCCAGGAGCCCUCCUCCGUGCUCCCCUUCCUUGUCUUUGUCAUCUCCUUCAUCUGCUCCGUCGUCCCCCCUGUCUACAUCCUCCUCCGUUUGUGCCAACUCAUCCAUUUAUCAGAACCAUGUUAAAGGUCAGACCCAGGGGACAGAGGUGGCCAGGGUGUCCUCCACGUCUGCCUCUCUAACAACACAGUCUCUCUCCACACCUACACCCAACACCACCUCCUCGGAGUCCCUCCCUCACACGUUGGUGCAGCUGCGCGUUGAUUGUGAAGAAGAGGGUGGGAAAAGGGACAUGUACGAUCCUUUCCAUCCAACUGAGGGGGUGAAGGAGGAGGAGGGGGGUGAAGGGGAGAAAUAUGACCCGUUUGACCCCACUGGCUCCCCAGCAUCAGAUGCUGAUGAUGACAAAGUGAGGGGGGUGAGGAGGAGUGCUGAGAGAGAAGAUGAAGAGGACAAAGAGGAAGAACCUCCAGACUCCACUGACACCUUGACUGACCUGCCGAGCCCCAGUCUGACCUCCCAGCAGCCUCUGAGGAGGAGAGUGGACUGUAGCUCCGCCAAAGUCGCAGAGCAGAGGGACAGUGCUGACUCUGAUCACUCUGAGAUAGAGGAGGGGGAGAUAGUUGGGGCUGCUGACAGAGAUGGAAGCAAAAAGAGAGCUGCUGGAGAACUCCUCACCCUGAAUUCUCCCAGUGUUUCUUUUUUUGGCUCAAAACCAGAGCGCAUCCUGCGGGUGCUGGACGGGGACGGCUUUGUGUCGGUGCGCGCAGAGAGCAACUGGGAGGUGGACAGGGAGCCUGAGGACGAGCCAGUCGUAGGAGUAGAGGACCUGAGAAGGAAGCUGGUCAGCAGGCGAAAGGAAAGAUAUCUCUCCUUUCCUGCUUCAUCCCCCAUCUCUCCUCAGCCACCGCCUACUUCGUCCCAUCCUCCAGCCUCUACACCCUCUCCCCCUCUCACUCCUCCGGUAGAGCAGGGCAGCAAGAGCCGCAGCAAGUCCUCCAAGAGUUCCAAGGACCACGAUCGACAGAAAAGCAAGGACAGGAAGGCUGGGGAGAAGGAGGAGAGAAGAAAAAAGAGUAGGAAGGACAAAGAGGGAGGUCGGGAGAGGAGCAGAGAAAAGGAGCGAGGGCACAAGAGUGGGAAGGAGGUUAAAGGAAGGAGGAGCAGCAGGAGCAGUAGCCGGAAGAGGAAGAAAAGACAGCACAGCAGCCCUGAGGCCUCACGCUCUUGCAACUCCUCAGGAAGAGGAGGCCACUCUAGACACUCCUUCUCCAACCUGUCUGAAGAAAGACACAGAGAGAAGAAAAGAGAUAAAGACAGAGACAGAGGAAGAGAGAGAGACAGGGACAGAGACAGAACGCAACAUCGGACCAGUAGCCACAGAAAAGAUGGAAGAGAUCGAGAGUCCAGCUCCAGGAAGGACGAGGGGGAGAGAAAGGGAAGACACUCAAGCAGCAGAGAGCGAGGCCUUUCAAAGAGGUCCAGAAAGAGCAGGGAGAAGAGAGACAGUGACAGAGAAAGGCAGAGGGACAGGGAGCGGCGUCGGGACGGUCGUCCCGUAGUUCCGCCAUCGAUCCAGGACCUCAACGGCUCUGACCUGUUUGCCAUCAAGAGAACAAUCACAGUCACCACCACCACCACCACCACCACUGUACCCGGCUCCCCCAGACUGGCCCCGACCUCCCCCUGCCGGCCCACUCAGGAUUCUGACAAGCCCCACAAGAGGAAGAAGAAGAGGAAAUGGCACUCAGCUGGGGAGAUGGACGACCGGGGAAGCUGUCACAGCCGAUCCCAGUCGCUCUCGCCCCCCAGGUAUCACAGCUACGAGUCCGACCGCUACUCAGACAAACUGGAGAUUGACGUGUUGUCUUUGGACGGUGAGGCUUUGGACUCAGACUACCCAUCUUUGGAGGACACACCCCCUGCUGCCCUGCCUCCAGAACCACUUGUCCCCAGUCCCAAAGUUAAAACAACCCCAAAGACUGGACGACAUCACCCGAAAAAGAAAUCUCGCACAAUAAAGAAAAUUGGCCAAUCGGAAUCCUCCUCCUCCUCUUCCAACAGAACCAAAAGCAAAUGCCUCUCCUCCCUGACGGUCACCUCAGGCUCUGCCUCCGCCUCCUCCGGCCUCCCCUCAGCAAAGCGAGCCAGGAAGAUGGGCAAGGACAAAGAGCGGGACAAAGGCAGCAGGAAGGAUUUGGGUCGCUCUGGUAAAUCUAAGAAAGAGAGCGGCAGCAAUCAGAAAGGCAAGCUUCAGUCCAAAGUGUCUGUGCUGGUGCGUGAGGGCGUGAGCAGCACCACAGGGGCCUCUGUCGGCUCUGGAAAGCUGGGCAUGGACCUCCUGGGGUCAGGAGGCACAGGGGGGGUUGCUGGAGGCUCCGUGGUGGGUGGCUCAAUCGCAGUAGUCUUCUGCAGGGACAAUGAGAGCAGGUCUCCGUUCCUCAAACCUUGCUCUGAGCCGCUGUCACUGGGCAGCCGCAGUAAAGAUCUGGCCUCUAUGGGAAAGCGAAGCAGCUUGGCUGCACCCCCAUCCUCCUUAACCAGCCCUGCAGGACUGAAAUCUAAGAAAACCAAACCAAGCUCUAUCACAUCCACCUCCUCCUCUGCCUCCUCCCCCUCAUCAACUCUGGCAACCAAGCGUCGCCGUCGCCUGGCCAAGAAGACGAGAGAAAAGAGUGGAACUGGUGGGUUGACAGCUGGAGACAACAGCCAAUCAAAAGCCCCGUCUGAGGGCUGGGGCGGAGCUUUACCAGAAGUUCAGUCAGCAAUUGGAGACAGCAGCAAGUCAGUCAGUCCACAUACAAGCCAAGCUGGCCCUGCGCCCUGCUCCUCCUCCUCUUCCUCCUCUUCUUCCUCCUCUACCAGUGUACUCCCGCCUUCUUCCUCACCGCCCCACACGCCUCCACCCUCCGUGGCUCCUCUGCGGGACACCAGGGAGUCCUCACCAGACUCUCAGACUGUGGACAGCAGCUGUAAGACUCCAGACCCUUCAUUUCUAGCUGAGGACUGUCCAACUCAGACCAGCCCCACACUCCCAGCAUCCAGUCCAUCCAGCCUGUCCACCCCCCAGGGAGCUGGCCUCAGCAUUGCCUUGUCUACACCCUCUGCCAAGCCCCCUACUCCAGAUGAUGCACCCAAAUCCCUGGCCUCCCCUCCCUGCUCGUCCUCUUCAGCAGGCUGCGGUCUCACCUCCCUGUCUCUGCCCCUAUCCUCAUCAGACCCUUCCUCCUCCUCUGUGUCCUCCUCGUCUGCUAGUAAGCCUCCUCCUCCUCCCCCUCCAGCAGCGCCUGCCCUCCCCUGGAGUCUGCAGACCGGAGUGGACUGCACGACUGGAGGAGUUCUAGCAUUGACUGCUCUGCUCUUCAAAAUGGAGGAGGCCAACAUCGCAAGCAGAACAAAAGCACAAGAAUUCAUUCAAGCAACCAGCCAGAUCCUCUCACAGGCCAAUCAGAGCCAGUCCCAGCAGCUGGCCCCUCCCUCGUCAGCCUCCUCCUCCUCCUCCUCUCAGAUCCCACCCCCUCCCUCUCUCCCUCCGCCUCCUGGUCUGAGUCCGGCCCAGUUCAUCCUCCACAGCUCCCUUCCAUUGGUUGGCUGCACCAAAACUCCGCCCUCUCUCCUGCACCCCUCCAUAGGUGGUGGAUGUGCACAGACCCCGCCCUCUAUCAUGCCUGUGGGGCUGUCUGGAGUUACUGGGAGCUCUGGUGACACUGGCUGGGACAAUGAGAGCAAAGACCCUGAUAAGUACCUGAAGAAGCUGCACACCCAGGAGCGGGCAGUGGAGGAGGUGAAGCUCGCCAUCAAACCUUACUAUCAACGCAAAGACAUCAACAAGGACGAAUACAAGGACAUCCUCAGGAAAGCAGUGCAUAAGAUCUGUCACAGCCGCACUGGGGAAAUCAACCCUGUCAAAGUCAGCAACCUGGUUAAGCUGUACGUCCAGCGCUACAAAUACUUCCGGAAACAUGGACGCAAAAUGGACGAGGAAGAGAGGGAUGAAAGGGAGCCAGGAGCGCUGCAUUCCUCUGCCUGAUGGAAGACUUUUUGAAAUCUUCCCCCUCCCGCCUUGACGUGGAAGAUCUGAGCAGUCCACCAAUUGUCUCCGUCUGAUAUUUUUAUUGUUUUAUGGCCCACCUUGUCGAUGCUUUUAUGUGAUCUUUUGGAAGCUUCUCCUCUUAUCUCUAUGAACUCACUGUAAAUAUGUCUUACAUAGAAAAUGUAUCAUGUAUACAACGUUCAGGAAGUGGAUACUAUCCUGCACACCUAUGUGAUCUUAUACAGUCCAGUCACCAACCCUGCAAUAAAUCCUGCCUUUGUGAAGCUUAUAGUUUUUAAAUUUUGUUGACUGUGUCCUUACGAAGCUUCACAAUGGUGGCAUGAAUUGCAGGGCCAUUUUUCAGUAGAAUUGAUUUAGGUGUUCAUGCUGCUUUGUUCAUCCCAUCAUGAUGUGUAUUUGAAUCCAAGGCGAGGGGAGAUGUAAUGCCCAGUGACACCAACAUGUGUUGUAUAAUAGUGUGAGGAUGUCCCCCCUCCCCUUGUCUCUGCAGAUAGUAUGAUGGUACAAAUACAUGGACACCUGUCAGUU